UCCCUCUCUUUCUUCAACCUUAAAUCAAUCGAAGCGAUCUAAGAAACACAAAAGAUUGCUUUUAUUUUUGGGAGGGAAAAGGGAGGAAAUAAUCCCCAUCAUGGGAAUUACAAAUUUCUCUCCUUUUCCCAUUAUUUUCCUGAGUUUCGUUCUUAAUUUUCUCACCGCCCAAUCAUCACCCCCUCCUUCAAUCUACGACCACUUGAAGCACAACGGCCUCCCUGUAGGUAUCUUCCCGAAGGGAGUAACAGAUUUUUCAAUUGAUCACGAGACGAACCGUUUCCAAGUGAACCUAACCCAACCCUGCAACUCUGACUCCGAGAUCCAAUUCCAUUACGAUUUCAACAUCACCGGAACCUUAUCUUUCGGGAAGAUCGCGAACUUGUCCGGUGUGUCCCAGCAGGAGCUGUUCCUAUGGUUUCCCGUCAUUGGCAUACGCGUCGAUGAUCCUGCCUCCGGUUUGAUCAACUUUGAUGUCGGCGUCGUUGACAAACAGUUCUCCUUGUCCUUGUUCGAGACCCCCCUUGAUUGCACCGCUGUUGAUCCUAAUGAUUCCUUCUCGAGUUAUCAGUUACCAUCCAAGUUACAUGGUACUGAAACUGUUGAAGAGCAGAACCUGAGGGCCACAUCGUAGACACCGGAGCCAGAGAUAUUAUACUAAAGUCUCAAGGUUGUUGAUACACGUGUGAGAUUCUAUUCUCUUAUAAAUAUUCUCUUUAAAGAGUAUAUUUUGAUGGGUCAUUGGCUUCCAGUUGUGUGCACCCACUCUCUAUGUUGUAUUCUGUCAUAGUAAGAAUAGCAUUUUUGGUAAUUCCAAAUGGUAAAGCUGAGCAACUUGAGUUUUGUAUUCUGGAAAUUGCUGUUGCCUGUUGUUAUGAAAUCACCGGACAUAAAAUGUACUAAUGUUGUGCUCUGUAAAUGGAAGAAACUCUUUCUACUAAUUUUGU